ACCUCCAUUCUCUCCUCCAACAUCUCCUCCGACCAAACCUCACCUCAAUUGAACCCCUUCCAUCCCUAGAAAGCCCAAAAUGUUCAACCUUCGGCGGCUCGUCGUCUCGGCCGCGCUGCUCCUCGGUGUGAGCAUGCUGCUCUUCAGCAGCACCGCCGCGGCUGCCAAGGGCCCCAAGAUCACCCACAAGGUCUACUUCGACAUCCAGCAUGGCGACGAGAGCCUGGGCCGCAUCGUCAUGGGUCUCUACGGCAAGACGACCCCCAAGACCACGGAGAACUUCCGUGCGCUCGCCACAGGAGAGAAGGGCUUCGGGUAUGAGGGGUCUACCUUCCACCGCGUCAUCAAGAACUUCAUGAUCCAGGGCGGUGACUUCACCAAGGACACCAACGGCUCGCAGUUCUUCAUCACCACCGUUGUUACCUCCUGGUUGGAUGGCAAGCAUGUCGUCUUCGGCGAGGUCCUCGAGGGCUACGACAUCGUCGAGAAGAUCGAGAACAUUGAGAAGGGCCCCGGCGACAAGCCUAAGCAGACCGUCAAGAUCAUCAAGAGCGGAGAGCUGCCUGUGCCCGAAGAAGGUAUCCACGUGGAGCUCUAGAGUGUGCUUCUGUGCCCACCACAACAACCAUCAUUACCUCCAUCCCAGAUCAAGACACCGGUACCACACUACCGAGACCCAAGAUUCCACACAUA